AUGCCGGCGGAGGACGAUGUUUGGCGAGGCGUGUCGCCGGUCUUGUCGGUGUCGGGCCCGCGGUUGGCGUCGGGCGUGUCGAUGAGCUCGCCGGAAACGUCGCCCCUGGACGACGACGACGAAGACGACGACGGCAGCAGUGGCGACAACAACAACAACAACAAGCAGAUAAUGGCGGAGCUCGUGUCGGCAGGCGGUGUGUCCGAAAACAACAAGGACGAAGAUUGCAGCAGUACUAGCAGUGGUAGUCUCAAGAGUGGUAGUAAUACGACGGCGCGUGACGCGUCGCUGUCGGAGAGUGGAGCGACGAGGAAGGACUUGCCGUCGCCGAGCGACGUGUGGGGCGAGGAUCGGGAGGAUCAGGAGUGGAUCCUGCUUUUUGACAGCCUAUUCAAAGGAAAGGUGAACUAUCGUUACGAGGUCGUUUACAACGAUAUUCUCCACAAACUGCGCACGUCGUCGAGAAGAGGUGGCGAGGAUGAGACAGACAGAGCUUCAGUACGAAGUGGGAGUGGAUCAACGUCUUCGGCGGCCAAGAGGGCGAUUAGUGCGCCGCCGGUGCGACGAGCAACGGCGCCGCAGAUGGGGAAAGGCGCCACUCCGUCGGCGGCGGCUGCGAUUGCCGCCGGUUUGCCCGGGCUCGUCACUGCUUCCUCUGGUACUGGGAAUGCCAGCAGACCCUUGUCACGUAGUGGAUCAGUGCGAAAAACCCCAGGAGCAGCGUCGGCAGCACAGGCCGCAGCGUCUGGUGCGAUUGACGAGGAGCAGUUCAUGACGAUGUUCGAAGAUGUGCCUAAAGUCAAGAUUUACUCUGGAAAGGAUGUGGAUGAUGUGAUGACGCGAAUUCGCGAAACUGUCGGGAACACGAGCAACGACUGGGACAAAAGAAUCGAGGGAUUGAGGCAACUCCGAGCAGUUUUGCUGGAAGGAGCAGCACGGUCUUUCCCGGACGAGUUCUUUCCUCAGCUGCGAUCAAUGGAGCCUGCGAUGCAGGCAUCUGUGAGAGACCUGCGAUCCCAGGUUGUCCGAGAAGCCUGUGUCACUACAGCGUGUAUGGCCCAGGAGCUGAAACACAAGUUUGACCAUUGUGCCGAGGCUCUGCUUCCGCCACUCAUCAACCUCAUUCCCAACACGGUCAAAAUAAUGUCAACGUCGGGAACAGUUUGCAUCCGGUUCCUGAUCCAGAACGUGCAUUCCCCGCGGCUCAUCCCGAUCCUGACAAUGAGCAUGAGCCACAAGUCGAAAGAAAUCCGCCGAGCAGUGUGCGAAUUCCUGGCGCACCUCCUCAACACGUGGCCCACGGCCCCCAUGGAGCGACAUCUGUCGGCCUUGUCGGAUGCCCUCCGUCGCGGCGUCUCUGAUGCCGACCCCGAAGCCCGUAUCUUCUCUCGCAAGGCGUACUGGGCAUUCGCGAAUCAUUUCCCGGUGCAAGCUGAUCAACUACUGAACAGUCUGGACGCGAGCUACAAACGAGGACUCAUGUCUGCAGGUGGUGGAGACACGGCGACGUCUUCUGCGGCAUCGUCGUCGUCCACACUGCCGUCACGGGGUGGGGCCGCAAAGACGUCUACGGCCGUCACUCCGGGUUUCCGGUCGAACGUCGCUACAUCGAACAACGCGUGGGGCUCAAUGUACGCGGAACGGCCGCCGAGCAGCGCCGCCUCGGCGUCCUUGACGGGAGGAUCAGUGGAGAACAUCUCACGAUUGCCGAUGCCGUCGUCGGCACGGAAACCGUCGGCCAACCGAAUGCCGUCGUCGGCGUCGUCCUACGCUGGCUCGGAGACGGACGGACCGACGUCCCUGACGCCGCGACACAACAACCUGAGAAGCACGAGUACGACAGACUUGCAAGCGGCGCAACGGGCCAAAGCGAGGCAGCAGUACGCCGAAUGGUCCAGGAUGAAGUCCGCGCUCACCCCGUCGACAGGUUCGAGGAGCCGGAAGCCGUCGGAAAGCGGCGGUGCUUACGGAACGGCGGACAGACUGGGACGCUCUCGGGGUCGGAAGCCGGUGUCGCAUUCGCAGCCCGGCAGUCGGAGUGGUUCGCCGUCGUCGCGACUCAACUACAUCACGACCAACAUGGCGCUCAUGGGCUGUGGGCCAGGGGACUCGGCCACGAUGGGCCGGCUGCGGCCCGGGAUGGGCAUGGGCGUCGGCGGCGUGUCUGCGAAUCGAAGCCGGCUCCCGGCCAGGUCUGCCGCCACGUCGCGGGAAACGUCGCCUGGCCCGAGGCCGUUUAGGGCGAGGUAUUUGUCUAGUGGAGACGGCGGAAGGACGGCGUUCGGGUUCCGGCAACCGGUGAUGGCGCAGAAGAUGUUGCAGCACAGCCGGGAAGCUGAGAAUGCGCUCGAGUCAGCUUUGAUGGAUUCUCCCGCGAGUUUGCGACCGAGAAGAAGCAGAACCGGGGAAUUAGCGUUUGACGAUGGACCCAGUGACGAAAGUGAAACGUCGAGUUUGUGUUCGGAUCGAUCUUACGAGUCCUUUGCUCGACGGACUGCCGAUUAUGAUGUGAACGAGAUUCUGAGACUGUGUGCGAGUGGACAUUGGGUGGACCGGAAAGAAGGCCUCGUUGGACUGCAAGGAUUGUUGCGCUCCCCGCGUCGUCAGCUGUCGACUUCCGACCUUCGACGCGUCACGGAAUCCUUCACCAAAAUGUUUGCCGACCCUCACACCAAGGUCUUCACGCUUUUCCUCGACACGGUGACGGAGCUGGUGUCAUGUUACGGCGGCGAGGAGAUUGCGAGAGUCGGUUGGCUGUACGUGCUGCUGACUCGUCUGCUGAGCAAGAUGGGCGGGGAUUUGCUCAACAGUGUCGUGGGCAAGAUCAACCGGUUGUUGGACCUGGUGAGGGACACCUUCUCCCCCGAGGCCCAGUUUGCUGUCCUGGUGCGCUACUUGGGGGACGGUGCUCAUACCCCGAACUCCAAGUGCAAGUUGGCGACUCUCACGUACCUGCGGCGCUUGUUGGGCCAGGGAAGUGGCCACACAGCUGCUUUUGGGGUUGGGAUCGGGGGUAGCAAUAAUAGCGAAGAAACCUUGACGGCCAUCAGGAAGCUGUUGCAGUGGAGCUCUGACAUGAAGUCGCUGGAAGUUGCUCGAGUUUCCAGGGCUGCUUUAGUUGCCAUGUUCAAUCACAGCCCGCCGGCAUUUACCAUGUUGAUGCAGCAGUUGUCGAAACGUGAAGAGGAAGCGAUUCAGGCGAUACUGGACUCGCCGAGAAGAGCGAGUGUGGACAGUGCGGGAAGUGCGAGUCCGUCGGCGCUGUUUCCGGGCAGGACGGCGCCGAUUGGCCUGACACCUUUGCGCCAGGCGUCCACUUCUUCGCCGACGACAACGGGGUUGCUGUCGCCGCAGCCGUCCCUGGGACUCGGACGCCUCGGCCGGGAAGACACCGAGAACUUGAAUCCCGAGGACGACUUUUACGCGAGCUUGCAACGAACGACGGCGGAGAUUGAGAGUAGUUUCAAGGCGAUGAACUUGGGUGGUGGUGUUGGCGGCGUUGGGUCUGUUGGCGGCGGUGGACGCGGAGUUGGUGAUGCUGUCGGUGGCGGCGGUGCUUCCGGUGGUGCGGCGACGUCCAAGGACUCGGGAAUUAGCCAGUUGUCGUUGGAAGAUCGCGGCGGACACGGAGAGUCGCCCGAACUGGACGCCGUCGACUCGGGCCCGCAUUCGAUCUCUGUGAUCGCGACGCCAGGAGGAGGAGGAGGUUUGCUGACGACCCGUGUGAGAGACAUUUUAGCGUCACUGUCUGAGCGCGGCAGCACGAAGGCCCUUGGCCUUGCCCACCUGUCCAAACUGCUGUCGAGGAUUGAGCAGGAGCGGGCCCAGCCCAGAGGCCUGAGUGCGGAGCACGCGGAUGACGAACGGAGUCUCGUGCUUUGCUUCAAGCAGCUUCUCCGGAUUCUUCUUGAGGCUUUGAAGGACGACGGCGCGAGUUCGCCAGACAUGCGAGUCAACAGCCUGCGAGUGCUGGAGGAGCUGGUGGCCAACCGGUCGCUGGCCCCGCAGUUUGAGCAGUACAUUGAACUGCUGCUGUGGCAGGCCCUCGAGGGCUACUCGGACUCGCACAAGGACGUGUCCCGGGCCGCGGAACACCUGGCCACGACGGUGGGCGUCCAGCUGAACCUGGACCGAGUCCUGUCCAGCAUCAACCCGCUGAUCGGCAAGGGCGAGUUCCCGGCCAACCAGCUGGCCAUCAAGAUGAUGACGCGCGUGGCUGAGGCCCAACCCUCGGCCCUGACCCGACUGCUGGCCACGCCGACCCAGCAGCACCUGGUUGACGACGUCAUGCAGAGCUUGAUGCAGGCGUACGACUCGGAGGAGAGCAGUGUUCGCAAGGCGGCCGUGUUCUGCAUGGUGGCCCUGCACAACGCCCUCGGGCCAGACGCCCUGCAGCCAUACCUGGCCACGCUGAGCGGGUCGAAGCUGAAGCUCCUGCACCUCUACAUUAAGCGGAACCAGCAGCAGCAGCCGCCGUCGGGCGGCGGCAGUGGUAGCGGGGGAUCCAACGCGGUGUCGGCGUCGUCGUCGCCGUCGCCAAGGGCCAGUCCAGGCGUCCAGAGCUUCGCAGACUUCAACAACCAUCAUCAUAGGAUAUGAGGGAGACGAGGAAACAAAAGCGAUUAUAAUAAUGAUUAUAUGACGAACCGACGCUUUUGAGCGGUUUUUCUCUUUUUUUUUCUGUCCGUUUUAAUUAUUUCCCCCAGUGUUUGGCUGUGCGAACCGACGAGAACAAGUGUUUAAGUGCGUGCGUGUGUGUUGUUGGAUCCUUGCUCUGAUUU